AUGGGUUGGUUCUGGGCGGACUCCAAUGUCUCGAUCGUGAACGCCAGAGGUGCAGCUCAGCCAAUGCCCAAGGAUGGCAACCUCUCCCCACCGCCAGGAUGCCCAAUGCACCAGUCCACGCUCGCCGUGGCCAAACCCCCCACUCCUCCAGCAGAAUCCGCCUGCCCAUACACACCAGUAGAUCUCUCAAAAGACUCCUCUACUCCACCCAAAUACUCCAAAUACAACCCCCUAAACUACAUGUUCUCCGAUCUCUCUCAAGACCGCGCUGAGAACCAGACCAUUGCCCUGCCUACUGAACGCGAGCCCUCUACAAUCCCCAAGGGCAAUGGAGAAGGAAACUGGGAAUAUCCGUCUCCUCAGCAGAUGUACAAUGCGUUGCUGAGGAAGGGGUACACGGAUACAGAUGUGACUGCGGUGGAGAGUAUGGUCUCUGUGCACAACUUUCUGAACGAGGGAGCAUGGGCGGAGAUAGUGGAGUGGGAGAGGAGGUUCGGGCAGGGCUUGAAGAAAGGGUGGGAGAUGUGUAGGAGAGGGGAGGAGGGUGCUCUAGCUGACAAGUGGAAGAGGGAGGAGGAGGUCCCGCAGCCCAAGUUGCUGAGGUUUAUGGGGAGGCCGAAGGAGAUGACGCCCAAGGCGGCGAUGAUCCAGGUUAUGGGCUGGAUUUAUCCCAGUGCAUUUGGCACGGAACCGCCGUUUGAUCGCCACGAUUGGUUUGUGCAAAGGGACUACAAUGGUCAGAAGAAAGAGGUUCGAUAUGUGAUCGAUUACUACUCCGGCGACCCAGAACCAACAGGUGAACCGGUUUUCUAUCUCGAUGUUCGGCCGGCGGUUACACCUACGGCUGCGGUGGAGAGGAUGAUGCGAUGGGGUGGCGAUGUUUGGUAUCGGGCUUCCGGGGCCAAGCUGCGAGAGAAUGAGGCUGAUCGAGGACGCCUCAAUUGA